AUGAUAGCAACCACAAAAUACCAGCGCAUAUCAAAAAACCUCGAAUCCCUCCCCUGCGAACUCCACGAAGACAUCCUAAUACACCUCCAAUUCCACCAACUCAUCCGCCUCUCCUCGUGCGCAGGCCCCCGCCUAACCUGGUCCCUCCAGCACAGCCUUUCCCCCUGGAAUCACCACUUCACCUCCCCAGCCUCCGUAACCUCGCUGCAAGAACUCCUCGCCAUAACCGACACAGUUGCAAAACACGGCUUCCCGCCCUCGCGCAAAUGUAUCGACGCUACUCGAAUCUACGAAGAGCGAAACCUACGCUUCCUCGCGUACAAAGCUUCGGAGUGGAGUUCCAAAUACAGUCUCGUUCAAGUGCGGAAUCUGCAGACGAGCGAAGCGCUGGUCAAGCACUGGCUUAGCCAGCUAUCUCGCAUGGUGACGUGCGUACUCAGCCCGAUUGUUCCAGAUGAUGCUUCGUUCCCGCAACUCCCUGCUUCGUUCCCGACACCCGCGUCGCUUGCCGAGUUUCUGGCAUCGUACCAGCGUGCCCGUGAGGCCAACGCUGAAGUGCUGGCGGAGCAAUUGGAGCAGCUGGCCUUGCUGUACGAAGCACAUCCUACGUGCUUUAAGAUGCCGUUUGACCCGCGGUCGAGCGCGCCCAGCACGCUAAAUACGGCACAUAUCCCCAGUACGAUGCGGUCGCAGGCGAGGCGGAUUGUGAAUGUAGCGAGAGCGGGAAAGUGGCGGCGGCACAGGGGUUUUUUGCAUCGCUUUGUGUGGCCUGGGCUUGUGCCGUAUGAGUGCUGUGUGCGGUUGUUUAAUGGGGUUGUGCUGCGGAUGGGGUUGCUGGAUGGGAAAAAGGUGGAGGUGGAGGGGGAGUUGAUGGAGGAGUGUAAAAGGGUUAUUGAGGGUAGACCUGUAUGGGCUCGUGGUGUGAGAAAGGGUAAAGAGGUAGAGGGGGAUGCGAUUGAAGAGUCAUCAAUUAUGAUGGGACGACAGAAUCUAGGCGCUGAUGCUACGCCGAUUCGCAUUCAGGUUUGUUUCGAAGAUGCGAAGGAGGAUGUUGGCAAGGUGCUGGUUGUGCCUCGUGCAGAGGUGGAGUUGCAGUGGCUGGAAAGGUUUGCGCAAGUGACGGCAUCUUUGGAGCAGGCGUAUCAUGGCUUGGCAAAGGAUAGCCUGGUGCCUGUUCCAGCGUGA